AUGGCUCUACAGUCUGUUUCUAUACCAGACGGCCCUUCGAGUACCGACACUGCUUCUCUCGCUGUGAAGGUGGAACUCCUGGCCGCCAAUAAGAAGUCCACACCCAUCACGAUCGACUUGAAACCUAGGCCCGAAGCUAUCAAGAAGCGCCAGCCAAGCACGAAGCCUAUGCAUGUGAGCACCAAGAUCACAGCGUGGAACCUUUGCGCUCUCGACUGGCAAAUGAACGGACAUCAAAGAGAUCCUGCGAGUGUCUUCGCAAUGUACUGGAACGGUCUGUCGAACACCGACAAAGAGGUAUACAAGCACAAAGCGGCCCUACAGCUCAACUCAUCUGGAGCCAUUCGAGGGGGUGGUACCGGUGAUGAUGUGGACGAGGAGUAG